AUGGCGAGAACCAACCAGUGGUUGGGCACAAAACCCGCAGGCGCGCGUCGCGUCGACGCGUCGCGCGAGGCCACGCGAGGCGCGCCUGAUUGGCGCUUGAUUGGCGCCUGGCCGUCCAGAAAUUGCCUCAGGUCUGUGGCACCACUUGCAGCUCGUGCGGCCCUUCCGCAAGCAGCGGCUCUGGCUGUACAUGCCAGGCCGGUUCGUGCCAAUGCGCGAACUGUCCCAACAAGGCCCACUCUUCUUCGUGCACCUGCAAAGGUGAAAGCCAGAGCUGCGCUUGAUAUAAACCGAGUGUGA